AUGGUCCUUCUGGUUUCCGGCUCUCGCCUUUGGUGGGGUGGGCUUCAGCGGGGCAUCUGCUGGCCCCGUCCCAGGCUAAGCACCCCACGCGCUCAGCUCAUGCACGUGAAGGUCGGAGACCGGGCUGAGCUCAGCAGGGCCUUCACGCAACGCGAUGUGAUCGCCUUCUCAGAAUUAACAGGGGAUAUCAAUCCUCUGCACUUAAACGAAGAUUUUGCAAAAAACACCAAGUUUGGAAGGACAAUUGUGCAUGGAGUUCUGAUUAAUGGACUUAUUUCAGCUCUCCUGGGCACUAAGAUGCCUGGACCAGGCUGUGUAUUUCUUUCCCAGGAAAUUAACUUUCCGGCCCCUUUAUAUACUGGAGAAGUUGUUUUAGCAUCUGCAGAAGUCAAAAAAUUGAAGCGGUUCAUUGCUGUCAUUGCAGUGUCCUGUUCUGUACUAGAAAGUAGUAAGACUGUCAUGGAAGGCUGGGUUAAAGUUAAGGUCCCAGAAGCUCCUAAAUCCUGAACUGUGUUUAAACAUGCAAGCUCAGGGACAGGAGAGAUGGCUCGGUGGGCUGAGUAGGUGCUUUGUAUGUGCCAGGCCCAAGUUCAAUCCCCAACACCACAUGGUGGUCUCGGCUCAGCCCAGGGUGAGCCAUAAGCACAAAGCAGGUAGUAGCCUAUUGGCACCUUCUGGUGUGGCCCCAAAACAACAAAAAUAAAGAUGCGGGCCAGAAUGAUAGGACAGUAGGUAGAGCACGUGCCUUGCACACAGCCAACCCAGGCUCUGUCCGCAGCACCCCACUGAGCCCCCCAGCACUGCCAGGAGUGAACCUUGAUUGCAGAGCCAGGAUAAGCCCUGAGACCACUGGGGGUGGCUGAAAACCCACCAAAAAUUGUUUCAAAAAAUAAAGAUGCAAG